GCGAGAUUAAUAAAUACUGAUAAAUGAGAUAAAAAAAAAAAUUCUUCAUGACGUGUCAAAACAUUUAUAAAAAUUGGAUGAUGAUAAAACAAAUCAGCCAACACGAAUUUGCAUUUUGAACUUUAAAGUUUACAAUAACAAACCAGCAUUAUCAUUAUUAAAAAAAAUAAAUAAAUAACUGACCAAUUAAUAAGUAAAUCAUUGACAAAAUUAUCAUAUAUAAAUCAUGUCAACUGGUGUAACACGAUGUCUCCAAAGAUCCUCACUUGGUCAUUUGAUAAAAGCUUGUCGCUACUCAUCAUCAACUCCAAGUGCAGAUUUAGAUUCAAAGACAUAUGAUUUGGUUGUUGUUGGUGGUGGAAUUGUUGGAUGUGCAACAGCACGUGAAAUGCUUGAACGACAUCCACAAUUAAAAAUUGCAAUAGUUGAAAAAGAAAAUAAACUAGCAAUGCAUCAAACUGGUCACAACAGUGGAGUUGUACAUGCUGGUAUAUAUUACACACCUGGUAGUAUGAAGGCUAAACUAUGUGUUGAAGGACUAAAAUUAUCAUAUGAUUAUUUUGGUAAACACAAUAUACCAUAUAAAAAAGUUGGUAAAUUAAUUGUUGCACAAACACAAGAACAAGUUAAACAAAUUGCUGAGUUACAUGAACGUGGAAUUAAAAAUAAUGUACCAGAAUUACAGCUAAUUGAUAAAAAUAAUAUUUAUAAAUUUGAAAAAAAUUGUAAAGGUGAAAUGGCUAUUUGGUCACCAUGGACUGGUAUUGUUGAUUGGUCACAAGUAUGUCAUUCUUAUGCAUCAGAAUUUGAAAAAAUGGGAGGAAAAAUAAUACUCAAUUAUGAAGUAACUGGAUUUGAAGAAACUAAGGAAUCAAAUGGACAACAAGAAUUAGUUCCAAUAUCUGUAUUAUCGAAAAAUAAUUCAAUCAAGACAAAAUAUGUGUUAACAUGUGCUGGUCUACAUUCAGAUCGUUUAGCUGUUAUGACUGGUUGUGAUCUUAGCCCAAGAAUAGUACCAUUUCGUGGUGAAUAUUUGUUAUUAAAUGAUGAUAAAAAACAUCUUUGUACGACAAAUAUUUAUCCAGUACCAGAUCCAAGGUUUCCAUUUCUUGGUGUUCAUUUUACACCAAGAAUGAAUGGUGAUAUUUGGCUUGGACCAAAUGCUGUACUUGCAUUUUCCAGAGAAGGAUACAGAUGGACAGAUGUAAAUAUACGUGACUGCAUUGAAAUGGCAAAAUUUCCUGGUCUUUAUAAAUUAUGUUUACGUUUUAUUGUACCUGGUUUAAAAGAAGCAGUUAAAUCAAUUAUUUAUCCAUUAGCUGUUAAUGAUUUACGUAGAUUUAUCAAUCAAAUAACAUAUAAAGAUGUCAAGAGAGGACCAGCUGGUGUUAGAGCACAAGCUAUGGAUAAUGAUGGUAAAUUAGUUGAUGAUUUUGUAUUUGAUGGAGGUGCUGGAAGUAUUGGAAGUCGUGUUAUACAUUGUAGAAAUGCUCCAUCACCAGCAGCAACAAGUAGUAUGGCUAUUGCUAAAUUUAUAUCAGAUAAACUUGAAAAAGAUUUUAAAUUUUAAUUAUUAAAAAUUUAUAUUUAUUUAAUUACUUGUCUUGAUUUAUUUAUCAUC